CUGGGCCGGUCUGACUGGUACCAGUUCCUCAACGGGAGAGACGUGGCCUUAGCAAAGGGAUGAUUCUGCUGGUGAGCACAGCUCUGGGAGGACCAUCCCUGCACGUGUCCCUGCAGGGGGAGGGUUUGGUGGGGCUUUUGGCAGGGUGAAGGCUGCAGGACACCUCUGUCACCGUCGCAGUCACCCCUUGGCUCUCCUCCUGCUGGUUUUCCGGCCCCCCCAGUUUCCUGCUGAGGGGCAGCCGGGUGUAAACCCAGCAGGCACAGAUUUCUCUGAUUAGGCAACGCCUAAUCUUUCACUUUCAGCUGCCUCUUCUUCCCCUUCCCGGGCAGCCCCAGCAUCCGCACAGCCAUGGAGCACAGGGACCGCGAGCCCCUGGUGAGGAAAACCAGCUCCUCGUACCGCACCUUCCCCGAGAGCGCUGCCAGGAGGCUCGACAAGGAGUACCUGAGGAGCCUCCACAACAAGCGCCUCUACCUGGCUGUGUUUGCUGCUGUCCUGGGCAACUUCAGCUUCGGCUUCGCCCUGGUUUAUCCCUCCCCCGUCAUCCCUGUCCUGGAGGCUCAUCCCAGCCCCGCGCUGAGGCUGGACCAGCACACGGCGUCCUGGUUCGGGUCGGUGUUCACGCUGGGAGCAGCGGCGGGCGGGCUCAGCACCAUGCUGCUCAACGACUGCCUGGGCCGCAAGCUGAGCAUCAUGUUCUCGGCCCUGCCCUCGGCGCUGGGGUACGCGCUGCUGGCCGGGGCCCAGGGCCUCUGGAUGCUGCUGCUGGGCCGGCUGCUGACGGGCUACGCCGGCGGGGUGACCUCCGCCUCCAUCCCGGUUUACAUCUCGGAGAUCUCCCACCCGGGGGUCAGGGGGAUGCUGGGGGCCUGUCCCCAGAUCAUGGCAGUGCUGGGCUCCCUCAUCCUGUACGCUCUGGGGCUGGUCCUGGACUGGCGCUGGCUGGCCGUGGCUGGGGAGGUGCCGGUGCUUGCCAUGGUCCUCCUGCUGUGCUUCAUGCCCAACUCGCCCCGGUUCCUGCUCUCCCAGGACAAGGAGGAGGAGGCCCUGGGCUCCCUGUGCUGGCUGCGGGGUGAGGACACAGAUUAUGGCCGGGAGUAUGAACAGAUCAAGGACAGCCUGAGGAAGCAGAGCCGUCGGGUUUCCUGUGCUGAGCUCAAGGACCCCUUCCUUUACAAGCCCAUCCUGAUUUCGGGGGGAAUGAGGUUCCUGCAGCAGCUCUCGGGGGUCACCUGCAUCCUCGUGUACCUGCAGCCAAUAUUCAAGAGAACAUCUGUCAUCCUGAAAGCAGAGUACGAUGCAGCCCUGGUUGGCCUGGUGCGUCUGUCCGCGGUGGCCAUCGCUGCUGUGUCCAUGGACAAAGCCGGGAGGAAGAUUCUCCUGUUUGUAUCAGCUGGUGUCAUGUUGGCCUCCAACCUGACCAUGGGGCUCUACAUCCACUUUGUGCCAGCUUCUCACAACGGCACCGUGGCCAACAGCAGCCUGGUGGGCUCUGCCACCCUCCCUGCUGAGCCAACAAACUACAUCACCCUCAUCCCUCUCCUGGCAACCAUGUUCUUCAUCAUGGGUUACGCCAUGGGCUGGGGCCCCAUCACUUGGCUGCUGAUGUCGGAGAUCCUCCCUCUCAAAGCCCGUGGGGUCGCCUCGGGCCUCUGUGUGGUCGUGAGCUGGCUGACAGCCUUCACCCUGACCCAGUUCUUCCUCCCAGUCGUGAACGCCUUCGGCCUCGAGGUGCCCUUCCUGUUCUUCGCUGUCAUCAGUGCUGGGAACAUCUUAUUCACAGGCUGCUGUGUCCCUGAAACCAAAGGCAGGUCCCUGGAGCAGAUCGAGGCCUUUUUCAGGACUGGCCGGAGGUCAUUCCUGAGGUAGGAGCCGCCCUUGCCCAGGCUGAGGGCAAAGCAAACUUGUGCUGCUGGAAGUGGAGGCUGGAGCUCCCUGUGGGAGAGGAAGGGGCAGCGAUGAGCAUCUUGCUCUGGCUGUGGAAGUUGCCAGAUGGAACUUUACCUUCUCCUCCUGUCACACAACACUACCUGUCAACCCUUGGGAUGGGAGCAGGUCACCAGCAGGGCCAGGCUGGAGAUAAAGGUGUCCUGGAGAACAAGUGUGGACAGGAGGCCGUGGUCACCCUUUGCUCAGCAGCCUGAGGGCUUGGCUGGGGCUGAGUUUACAGCUGGAGCUGUUCUGGCAAAAGCUCAUCGUGGAGCUGCAAGAAUAAAACAGUUUUGCCUCCAACUGCAAGACAUUGCCUCAAUUGCAGAGAAGGGAGGGAUGGGAGAGGCAGAGCAGGACUGUGGUAAGGGGACCACAGCAGCCUGCAGCUCCCCAGAGGAGUCUCAGGCACUCAAGGACCGUGAAAGAGGCAGAGCCAGAUCUUUUGUAUAAAAAGCUGCCACGUUUUAUUGCUCUAAAAACACACAUUACACUAGAAGCCUAAUGAAUAAGACCAAAUACAGUUCACAAGGAAAACCCAGGACAAAAGAAUGGAACAGACAAACAUCCAGCUGUAGUGCAAGUGAUUCCCCGUGGGAAAGACACAGUGAGUACUGACAACACUUUGUGCUGGGGUGGGUCCUUCCCACCCCAGGGUUUGACCCACAAAGAGGGAGGUGGAUGUGCCUCCACCUCUAUCACUUUGAGAUUUCAACUGCAUAGUUAGUAGCAAAUCAGUCUCACCCCUUUCCUGUGUGUCCUGCAAGAUUAAGAACCUUUCAUAAUUAUUUUUUAGAGCUAACCCGAGGUAAAACACGGCUGCAGGAGGUGGUUAUGGCUGUGAGGAACAAAGGGCCUUGCUCAGUCCAACCUGACUCCUCCCAAAAGGGCAGAAGCACAAAGGCUGAGCUGGGACAUGAUGUGCCCAAGCAUUUGUCCAAGCUCCUGAAAUGCACUUGGCAGCCCAGGGGCUAUUCCUGGGACAUUCAGCCUGCUGUCCUGAGGAAGCAGGGGUAAAACAGCACGUCUGAGCCAGCCCUCCAGAUGUGCCAGCUGCCAUUCUGAUCUCCUGCAGCAGGAGAUGAGAAAUCUCCUAAGAGAAGAUGUGCUUUAUCACAGCAUUAAUUUAAAACAGCCUAGGACAGAGGGAGAGUGGUGGGCCAAAAGAAAAAACACAGAAAACAUUCAGUAUUAAACCUACCCUCUGCUGCUGAGACCCUUUUCCAGAAAGAUGUUCAGCCCUGGCUGGAACACAACUUUUUCUAAGCAUGGCCUGACUACAAGAGGUCUCAAGAG